AUGUCUUUCAGAAAGCGUGGUGAAGCGUUAAAUGGCGGGGAACGUGGUGUAAGAACACUCCCUGGCGGUAGACCCCUAGUAAACAGGGCGAUUCCAUCUGCUGGAAAUGCAUCGAUGAGGGCACCCACAGAUAGAAUGACAGCUCUAAAUUUGAGAGGAAGGGCUCCACCCGGAGGUAGUGUCAUGAGCGAUAGAGAACCACAUGUUGUGCAUCCAGCUCAACCCUCUGUAGAGCAGAAACAAGAAGCUGCUAUUUUGAAUCACCCUGGCGUGAGGCCAUCACCUGUGAGUUCUCACCUAGUUACUUCUACAGGGUCUGAAGAUUUGGACAAGAUCCUCACUCAUAUGGGGUUACCAUUGGGAAACUCCUUAUUGAUUGAGGAACAGAGUACAACUGAAUUCAACUCUAUCCUAUGCAGAUUAUUUACUGCUCAAAGUAUUAUGUACAAUAGGGCAGAAGGUGCUUCUCAUUCUACUGGUGGUAAUACACAUUUGAUUGCACUGACUUUAAACCAGGAUUUUGCCAAGGAACUUCCUGGCGUUUACAAAGGUUCUCGUAAGGAAAUGAAGAAAAGUAAGAUUGCUGAAGAACAAUCCAAGAUCUCUGUGACCAAUUUAAAUGAGCAAAAAUCAACUCCUUCAAGGUACAAGGAUUUAAAGAUUGCUUGGAAGUACAAACUUGCAGAUGAAAAAGAUUCAAAAAAUGCAGCUCAAAGAAAAGAGACUGAAAACGAAUACCAGCAUUACACUUCACAAUUCGAUAUUACUUCUCGUCUAAUUCCAGCACCAUCGAGUGCAGAAAUUACAUUUAUUUCACCUGUUCAACCCGUCAUAUCAAUCCUGUCACAGAUUGAACAAACGAUCAAGAAACAUCCGGGAAAGUUGGUAAGAAUAGUAAUCCCUUCCUUCUUACACCCUGCAAUGUAUCCUCCAAAGUCUUUCAAAUUGUCUAGUACCAUUUCUUUAUUACAUGGACUAAGAAGCAUAAUAAAGAAGAACGAAAACAACUGUGUUUUGUUGGCCACACUUUCAUCUGACAUAAUAAGUAACCUAUUAAGGGUACAAAUUGAGAAUCUGUUUGAUUCCAUAGUAAACCUGGAACCAUUCCCGCAAGAAAUGUUACAAUUCUUGGAAGCCGUGUACAAAUCUCAGCCAAAUAAAGUCCAACAUGGACUCAUCCACAUCCUCAAACUGCCUAUCUUCAGUGAUCGCGGUGAGAUGCGUGUAUCUAGAUCAGAAUGGGCAUUCAGAAAUGGUAGAAAGAGAUUUGAAAUUGAAGAAUGGAGUAUUCCAGUUGAAGACAAUGACGACAGUAAUACUAAGUCAUCUGCUGCAGCAGAAAAAUCUCACGCCCACUCUGAUCCAAACCAAUCAAGUAAGAGUAACACCAAGAUCUCCUUAGAGUAUUGA